AUGUUCGCGAAGUUUGAAGCAAGCACAUGCGCCUGCCAAACUUUUUUUCAACGAUGGGAACGCGGCGUUCCCAAGCGAAUGGCAGAAGGAGAACCACACGCUGCGCGCGUGUGGCGGCGUGUGGGCCCUUUCCGUCCUCCGCUUUCUUCACAUUCUUCGACCCGUUCUCCUCUGAGAGGGAAAGGCGGCUGCGACUGUAACUGUACGUACACGAUACAUCGUAUAAAGCUUACUUUACGUUACGUAGUGAUUCCACAUAUCAGAUGA